AGCCUCCAGUGAAAGUGAAAGUGUUCAGACUCGUUCUAACUUCAAGGAGCAGACGGAGGAGACGUGAAGUCUGAGGCUGGGAGGAGGAGCCUGAGAACAGGGAGCGGUCAGACUCCAUUUUCACCUGCCCUCUGCAGAGCCAGACUGAAGAUGAGUGUUCAAGAAGAGGAAGAGGACAGAGCAGAGUCUCCAGGGUUCAGCUGUGUGUCUCUGAAGAGUGACUGGUCUAUGAAACCUCCUCCAGUCUUCAGUAAUGAACCUGGACCCUCACACACAGAAGGUCAGGACCACAGACUGAGAGCAGAGUCUCCAGGGUCCAGCUGUCUGUCUCUGAAGAGUGACCGGUCCAUGAUGAAUCCUCUAAACUUCAGUAAUGAACCUGGACCCUCACACACAGAGGAGAGGAAGAGGAGUCAUGUUUCUGAGGAGGAGCAGUCGUCCUGCUGUGCUUCGUGUCAGGACGUCCUGAAGGAUCCAGUCUCCACCAGCUGUGGACACUGGUUCUGCAGACAGUGCAUCACCUCAUACUGGGACCAGUCUGGUUCUUCAGGAGACUCCUCCUGUCCCCAGUGUGGAAAAAGAUCCAGAAGAGGAGCUGGAGCAGAUCGUGGUCUGCAGGAGGUUUCAGAUGAACAUAAGCUCAGUGUGAGGAGGAGAUGUGAACAUGUGACUGAAGGAAGUGAUGAAACAGGAAGUAGAACCCUCCUCAACAGGAUCUACACUGAGCUCUACAUCACAGAGGGACAGAGUGAAGUGGUUAAUACUCAACAUGAGGUGAGGCAGCUUGAGACGGCUUCCAAGAAGAAGAUCCUCCACGACACUCCCAUCAAGGUCCACGACAUCUUUAAAGCCUCCACUGACCAGCAGAGCAGCAUCAGAGUCGUCCUGACCAACGGAGUCGCUGGCGUUGGAAAAACCUUCUCGGUGCAGAAGUUCACUCUGGACUGGGCAGAGGGUUUAGAGAACCAGGAUGUGGGUCUGCUGGCUGUGCUUUCGUUCAGGGAGCUGAACCUGGUGAAGGACCAGCAGCACAGUCUUCUCACGCUGCUCCAUGUUUUCAAUCCAGAGUUACAGAAGAUCACGGCAGAGACGCUCGCUGUCUGUAAACCUUUGUUCAUCUUUGACGGCCUGGAUGAAAGCAGACCUUCUCUGGACUUCAACCACAGGGAGCUUGUGUCUGAGGUCACACAGAGGUCAUCAGUCAACGUGCUGCUGACAAACCUCAUCCGGGGGAAUCUGCUUCCCUCGGCUCUCGUCUGGAUAACCUCCAGACCUGCGGCGGCCAAUCAGAUCCCUCCUGCGUGUGUUGACAGGGUCACAGAAGUACGAGGCUUCACUGAGGCCCAGAAGGAGGAGUACUUCAGGAGGAGAUUCAGUGAUGAAGAGCUGUGCAGCAGAAUCAUCUCACACAUCAAGACGUCCAGGAGCCUCCACAUCAUGUGUCAAAUCCCAGUCUUCUGCUGGAUCAGUGCUACAGUUCUGGAGCACAUGUUGACCACAGACCAGAGAGGAGAGCUGCCCAAGACCCUGACUGACCUGUACUCACACUUCCUGCUGGUUCAGACAAAGAGGAAGAACAACAAGUACGGUGAGGGACAUGAGACGACUCCACAGCAGCUGACGGAGGCUGACAGGGACGUUCUCCUGAAGCUGGGGAGGCUGGCACUGAAACAUCUGGAGGAAGGAAACAUCAUGUUCUACCAAGAAGACCUGGAGCAGUGUGGUCUUAAUGUCCCUGAGGCCUCGGUGUACUCAGGAGUUUGUACUGAGAUCUUCAGAAGAGAGUGUGUGAUCUUCCAGAAAUCAGUCUACUGCUUUGUUCAUCUGAGCGUUCAGGAGUUUCUGGCUGCAGUCUACAUGUUCCACUGUUACACCGAGAGGAACACAGAAGAACUCAACAAGUUCUUGAGAAUGCGUAAGAAAACAGACAGUACCUUCUCCCUGGAUGACCUCCUGAAGAGAACCAUGAAGAAAUCCCUCACCAGUACAAAUGGUCAUCUGGACCUGUUUGUUCGCUUCCUUCACGGCCUCAGUCUGGAGUCCAACCAGAGAGUCUUAGGAGGCCUGCUGGGUCGGACAGGGAACAAUCCAGAGAUCAUCCAGAGAGUCAUCAACAACCUGAAGGAGAUGAAGAGUUACAACAUUUCUCCUGACAGAAGCAUCAACAUCUUCCACUGUCUGACUGAGAUGAACGACCACUCAGUUCAUCAGCAGAUGAAAGAGUUCCUGACGUCAGAGAACAGAUCAAAGGAGAAACUCUCUGGCAUCCACUGCUCAGCUCUGGCCUACAUGCUGCAGAUGUCAGAGGAGGUUCUGGAUGAGUUGGACCUGAAGAAGUUCAACACAUCAAUCCAGGGUCGACGGAGACUGAUCCCAGCUGUGAGGAACUGCAGGAAGGCUCGACUCUGUGGUUGUCGACUCUCAGAGACUCACUAUGAAGUCGUGGCCUCAGCUCUGAAGUCAGACCCCUCACAUCUGAGAGAACUGGAUCUGAGGAACAACGAGCUGCAGGAUUCAGAAGUGAAGCUGCUGUGUUCUGGACUGGAGAGUCCAAACUGUCGACUGGAGACUCUGAGGUUGAAAAACUGCAGACUGACAGAGAUCAGCUGUUCUUCUCUGGCUUCAGCUCUGAGGUCAAACCCCUCUCAUCUGAGAGAACUGGAUCUGAGCUGGAACAACCUGCAGGACUCAGCAGUGAAGGAGCUGUGUGGUUUUCUACAGAGUCCAACCUGUCGACUGGAGACUCUGAGGUUGGAGAGCUGCAGUCUGUCAGAGAUCAGCUGUUCUUCUCUGGCUUCAGCUCUGAGGUCAAACCCCUCUCAUCUGAGAGAACUGGAUCUGAGACUAAACAACCUGCAGGACUCAGCAGUGAAGGAGCUGAUUGAUCUACAGCAGAGUCCAACCUGUCGACUGGAGACUCUGAGGUGGUGGCCUUAGUGAAGCUGAGUGUGAAGAGGACAGUGUGUGUGGACGGAGGCUGAGCUGUGUCCUGAGGAUCCAGAGGCUGAAGCAGCAGCAGCUUGUGUGUAGUCUCCAAUCUACACAACCCCUAAUCUGCAUGUGUUUGUGAGAUGAAGCCGGAGCACCUGGAGAAAACACGGGGAGAACAUGCAGACUCCACACAGGAAGACCCCAUCUGAACCGGAUUCAAACCAGCAACCUUCCUGCCCCGAUGUGUUUAUUCAUAUGAAGAAUGUGUUUAUUGAAAUGACACAACACAAGCAGAAUAUUUAAACCCUCUAUAAAGAGUCACAUACAGUGUGUUUAAGUUUGUCUUUAUUAUUGUCCACCUUUGUCCCUCAGUGUGUCUCCAUGUGUGUAGAACCACAUUCUGUGUAUAUGUUUGUUUAUGAUCUUAAAGUUCCUGGAUUCACGUCACAAAUUGAUUUAGUUCAACACAAAGUUCAACACAUUGAAAUCACUUUGAGUUUAAAAUCAGAGUUUUGUCUUUGACACAAAAGAUCAAAACUCUGGACUUAAAAAUGGGACGUUUUGAUUUCUGCAUCAGGUGCAGAGCGGUGGUGGCUUUUCUACUUUUGACCCACAGGUGGCGCUGCAGUAUAACAGCAGCACAUCCCAGUCAAAGCCUUUAUAUUCAGUCUAUGAGUCAAACACAUGGAUCAUUUCCUCUGUGACAAACCAGAUGUAACGAGAAGAAAAACAUCUCAGAGAGAAAAGUUCUGUUUCUACUUGUCUCUGCUUUAAUGCUCAAUAAACAUCCUUCCACCGAC